GGAUUGGAUGAAUAUAUGCCCCUUACCUUUUUAAUUUUAUUUUCCUUAAACAAGAAAGAGAGCGGGAAGAGAACGCGUCGCGUACACCUCACAUCUUCUCAUUUCUCCUUUGCUCCUCCACUACUUAAUAAUAACACCAUCCUCCCAUUCUUUGCAUUCUCAACAAGCAUUCUUCCUCUCUCUCUCUCUCUCUCUCUCUGCUUCCUCUUCACUCUUCUUUCUCAACUGUCGGCUGCAGAUAUGGCUCCACCCAUUGAGACCCCAAACAAGGUUCACACCUCUAACUAUACCUCACCUCCACCUCUUAAUGAGAGGAUCCUUUCAUCCUUGACUAGGAGAUCCGUUGCUGCACACCCUUGGCAUGAUCUUGAGAUAGGGCCUGAAGCACCAAAGAUCUUCAACUGUGUGGUUGAAAUUGGGAAAGGAAACAAGGUGAAAUACGAGCUUGACAAAAAAACUGGACUUAUUAAGGUUGACCGUGUACUUUACUCAUCAGUUGUGUAUCCUCACAACUAUGGGUUUAUCCCCCGCACUAUUUGUGAGGAUGGCGACCCUAUCGAUGUCUUGGUUAUUAUGCAGGAGCCAGUUCUUCCUGGUUGCUUUCUUCGAGCCAAAGCUAUUGGACUCAUGCCUAUGAUUGAUCAGGGCGAGAAAGAUGACAAGAUAAUUGCUGUUUGUGCCGAUGAUCCUGAGUACAGGCAUUACAAUGACAUCAAUGAGCUCCCUCCACAUCGUUUAGCUGAAAUUCGUCGUUUUUUUGAAGACUACAAAAAGAACGAGAACAAGGAAGUUGCGGUAGACGACUUUCUUCCUUCCUCAACUGCAUAUGAAGCAAUUGAGCAUUCCAUGUCCUUGUAUGCGGACUACGUUGUGGAGAGCUUGAGGCGGUAGUGUUGAUGCAAAUGGAUUUUGUUUGGACGUGAAGAUAUCUUUUGAUGACUGCCAUUUUAUAUUUUUAUAAUCAUGAUUACGACGAAAAAAAAAAGAUUAUUAUCGUAAUCCUAUCCUAUAGCAUGUAAAUUUGUCUGACAACACAUGCAUAUUCUAAAGAAAUUUGUGCUCAAUUUUUGAUUAUGUUUGUCGAAUGUCAAAUGAUAUGUUCGGAUAUUAAAUAUAUUAAAAUCAA